UUUCGUGUAUAAACCGAGACAUACCAAAUAAGUUCUGUACGCCAUCUUUCGGUAACAUAGCCUCCUCUUGCGGCGAUGUUCGAGUCUAAUAAAUCUGACGUUUAAACAAUAAUUUUUACUCUGAACAUAAUUGUUCUUGAAUUUCACAUACACAAUGGCGUAUAAUUUUAAAGAAAUGUGUUGGAAAGAUGUUCGUGACCAAUUUCGGAAGUGGCGUGAGGACAAUGAGCGUCGGAGUGAUGAAAUAAUACAACUAUGGGAAGCACUGUUGGAAAAUCAUGUGCAAAAAACUGGCAAUGAGAGGCAUAUUAUAUUGGAGCAAGUACUAAUUGCUGCAUUCGACACUUCUCGAUUAGAUAUUGCUGGGAAAUGCAUUGAAACAUUAAGCAUAGAAUUUCCUGAAAGCAUGAGGGUUAUGAAGUUUGAGGCUAUGCGCUUAGAAGCUUUGCAGAUGUAUGAAGAGGCAACUGAUUUGUUAGAUGAAAUUAUUUCGAAAGAUGAAACAAACGCUGCUCCCCGUAAGCGUAAAAUAGCUAUAUUAAAAGCAAGAGGAAUGAGAUCAGAAGCAAUUAAAGAUUUAAGUGAAUAUUUAAAAACGUUUAUGUCUGAUCAGGAAGCUUGGCAUGAGUUAUGUGGACUAUAUUUGGCAGAAGGGGACUACUCCAAAGCGGUUUUCUGUAUGGAAGAACUCUUACUACAUAAUCCACACAGUCAUCUAAUUCAUCAGCGAAUUGCAGAAAUCCGUUAUACAAUGGGUGGAAUGGAGAAUGUGGAAAUCGCUCGAAUAUACUAUUCCCAAGCCUUGAAAUUAAAUCCAAAUAAUUUGCGUGCAUUAUAUGGUUUAUAUUUGUGUUGCAGUUACAUUACCAAUUCUCGCGCCUUGGGGUCGAAGCGCAAAGAGGCUCAAAAAAUGGGGCAAUGGGCGUUGGAGAGUGCAGGCGUGCGAACAAUUACGUCAUCGAAAAUUCCUAGCAACGAUAAAUUAGUUUCAAGUCUAGAAUGUGCAUUGGGUAGCUUAGAUAUUAAAUCUAAUUGACAUUAUCCUAAACCAUUGUUGUAAAAUGUAUAAAAGAUUAUAUUAAUGGUCAUCCUAUUUGAUUUAUCUUCUAAUACUAUAAAAAUAUACGUUAAAAUUUUAGUGCAUUUACUAUGCUUAAAGAUACAUAAUCAUAACCAAUUUAUGUACAGUGGACCAAUAAAGUUUACAUACACCUAGUUCUUUUAAAUUA